AUGCAAGUAGAACCGUAAAGUAUAAUCCUACCUCAAAUUGUAGGAGAAUACAAAUUUGUGAGAGAAAUUGGAAAAGGAGCUUAUGGUGUAGUUGGAUAAUACAUGAAAGAUAAUGAUUCAGUUGCAAUCAAAUUUGAAAUCUUAAUGAUAAACAAUUCCUUACUACAGGAAAAAAUUAAUCUUAUGAAGAUGAAUCAAGCAUUUGAAAAGUAAAGGAAUGAUGAUAAAAAUAUUUAUGACUUAAAUCAUGAGGAGAGAAGAUUCACUAAGAUUGUCAAUGGCAAAUAAGUUAAAUUCGAUGAUGGAAAGUCCUACCAAUGCCUAAUAAUGGAAUUCUUCGAAUAAUCUCUUUAGACAUACUACGAUCAAAACAAAUCUGAUGAUAAUUUCAAAAAAAUCGCCCGAGAGAUAAUAAGCUCAUUGAAAUAAAUACACAACAAAUGA